GGUCACAAGGAAACUGCAGCAGCGCCUCCUUGAGUGGCGUCACCGACCGGCUCACAGGCACACGGCCGGGCUGAGGGCGUUGCCGUGUUGGCGAGGACCAGGCGGCAGUCGAGGCGCCUGCUGAAGCUCCGGCAGCCAUGGAGAGCAGCAGCGACAAGCACUUCAUCGUCGUGCACGGCCUGUCGCACGGCGCGUGGUGCUGGUACAAGGUGGUGGCGAGGCUGCGCGCCGCGGGGCACCGGGCGACCGCGCUCGACAUGGCCGCGUCCGGGGUGCACCCCGCGCGCCUCGACGAGGUGGCCUCGUUUGAGGAGUACUCGCGCCCGCUGCUGGACGCGGUGGCCGCGGCGCCCGACGGCGAGAGGCUGGUCCUCGUUGGCCACAGCCUCGGCGGGCUCAACGUCGCCCUCGCCAUGGCGAGGUUCCCAAGCAAGGUCGCCGCCGCCGUGUUCCUGGCCGCGUCCAUGCCGCGCGUCGGCAGCCACAUGGGCAUCUCCAUUGAAGAGUUCAUGGAGACGAUCGAACCAGGUUUUUUCAUGGACAGCGAAACGAUGCUUCUAAAUACAGAGCAAGGACCUCGAGCUGCACUUCUACUUGGCCCCAACCUUUUGGCGUCCAGAUUGUAUGAUCAAAGCCCAGCGGAGGAUCUUGAGCUAGCGAAGCUGUUGUUAAGACCCGGCAGCCAGUUCAUGGACGACCCAGUGAUGAAGGACGAGACGCUGCUCACGGAUGGCAACUACGGAUCGGUGAAGAGGGUGUUUGUGAUCGCCAAAGCUGAUAGUAGCAUGACCGAGGACAUGCAGCGCCGGAUGGUGGACUUAAGCCCUGGCGCGGAAGUCGAGGAGAUCGCCGGAGCCGAUCAUAUGGCCAUGAUCUCCAAACCGAAGGAGCUCUGUGAUGUUCUGGUCAAGAUUGCCAACAAGUACGACUGAGCAGGAGAUCAAUAUAUGAACGUUUCAGGCAGCUAUUUCUAUUUGCAGCUGGCGUCGAGGUGUGGGUGAAGCAAAAUUUGUACCUGAGAAAUGGUGGAGUCCCGGACGAAGAUGAUGGUCACACGCCACACAGAUCGAGACUGGAGUUGAUCAGGUAUUGAGGUUCGACAAUUUUUCACUGAUAUGAUGUAUCUUUUAUGUAAGCCGGGCCCAAAGCUCCAAACAAACGCAUGUUUUUAUCUUUGUCAUGUUUGACUGUUCGUUCCUUCU